AUGCAAUCCAUCAACUCAUCGACUAUAAUUCAAGCUUCUUCUUCUGUCAACUUAACAUCAGCAACCAAGAGAUUAAAAAGGAAGCCUACCAACAUAUCUGCAAUUCCUAUGUUUGACUUGAAAAUAAAUGAAGAUAUUAAUGAUCAACAUACACAUGCAAACAUACCUAAAGGUGUAUCAAAAGAUUACAUUGAUCAUGGUGACCAGAAUGUUGUAUGUCAAAUAUGUUUUCGACAAGAAGAUGCAUCUAUAUCAACUUCUGAUUCAAUUGAUCUUCAGAUUAUACACGAUUUGAAGCUUAUGUUGGAUUCCAACAAUGUGUUGGUUCAGUGUUAUAGGAUGGUAAAAGAUUCUUUCCAAGUCAAUCCUUACAUUGACCUUAAGUUACGCUUUAUUGGAAAAAGGAUACAAGAUGGAAUGGCAUAUAACUUACCGUCUGCAUCUGAGGUUGCCGCUCUAAUUGUUGGAGACAUUGAUGAUUCUUUUGAAAAUAGAGAUAUCAUUGUACAAACUUCAUCGAGGUCUCUUCAACGUAUUAGUGAAUUACAUCCUUCUUAUCUCACUCUUCAGUAUCCAUUACUCUUUCCAUAUCGUAAUGAUGGUUACAAAGAAGACAUCCUUCAUCGAGGUCUAACGUCUUCAAGCAGCAGCAAGCGACCUAACGCAAAACUAAUUGAAAAGUCUGAAACUUCAGUCGAUGAAGAUGGUUUUCCGAUAUAUAGGAGACGAAAUGAUGGAUCUUUUGUUGAAAAGUCUGGUAUCAGAUUGGAUAACAGACAUGUUGUUGUGUAUAAAAAAGACCUUUUGAAAAGAUAUCAAGGACACAUUAAUGUUGAGUGGUGCAAUCAAGCUAGUUCUAUAAAAUAUUUAUUCAAAUAUAUCAACAAGGGUCUUGACAGAGCAACACUUGUUGUCAUACAAUCCAACAACGAAGGUGGUACCGAUGAUUCAGUAAAUGAAAUAAAAGAGUAUUAUGAUUGUAGAUAUAUAUUUGCAUGUGAAGCAUCAUGGAUAAUAUUUGGUUAUGAUAUUCAUUAUAGGUAUCCUGCUGUGGUUAGGCUUCCUUUUCAUCUUCCUGGUCAACAACAAGUUAUUUAUGAUCUAGACGAUGAUAUCGACAAUAUCCUUAACAAACCGUCUGUUGCAUCUUCAAUGUUCACAUCUUGGCUUGAGUCUGUCGAUAAUGACCUGAAACAAAAAGAAGGGCAACUGUUAUCGACCUUGUACAUCGAUGAAGGUGAUGAAGGGCAUCAGGAACGAGAGAAUGAAAAUGGCGCAGACCGCAUGGAUUGCCAACAUUAUUUACACUUUCAACUUUCACCACUAAUCCUUCCAAUAUACACCUCAAUUCUCACUCAAGUUCUGUACGAGUGCGUACUUCAAAAAUUAGGGCAGAUGUCUCACUCGAAGUCGAAGAACACCCUUUUUCCUUUUCCCCCAAACGUCAUGCGAAGGAAGCUUGUUUCCAGGUGGUUGGGUGGAUUCAGUCUAGGAAUUGAUCUUGGGUUGUCUCGUACCGGUCUUGCCAUAAGCAAAGGAUUCUCAGUUCGCCCCCUCAAGGUUUUUGAUUUGGAUUUUAUCAUGUGUGUGUCUACUCUAGGUUCUGGAAUUAAGGGGCCAAAAGCUUGA